AGAUUUCGCACAUUAAGCGUCAGUUGCUUGUGAGCAACCGGUGACUUACGACGCUCUUUAAAAUUCGGUUCAGCGAUAGUGACAGUUAAGUAGAGAGAGAGAUAGUGAGCAGUGGAAUUGACAAAAUCCUGUGUUGAACACAGUGCAGUGCAGUGCUAAACAGGCGUCCCUGGGGAAAGGUGAAACCUUGUGAACUGAUAGUGUGAAGCAACCAUGGUAGAUCCCUUCGCGAAUGUGUCCAUCGGGGCACUACCGGACAUCAUCAAUGGCAGCUCGUACUUCAACGAUAAGUGGAAUGCCUUUCUCGAUGUUGUUGGUGACGAUCCGGAUUUCAUAUACGUAUGGCUGCUAACGGUUUGGACAUACGGUCUUUUCUGGGUAAUCGGAGGAGUGUUCGUGUUUAUGGACCUCACUAACAAGCCGGCAUUCAUGCGCAAAUACAAGAAUCAACCCGGAACGCACGAGCCACUAGAAUGGAGCAAACUAAAGCCCCUGGUGAAAACUGUCAUCACAAACCAGAUUGUCUACGGCAUACCAACAUCGUACUUCUCAUAUCACUUUGAAAAACUGGUCGUCUCAGAUCUACCAGAAUUACGAGUGUUACCUUCAAUCGAGAUCAUCCUGCGUGACAUCGUUGUUUGCAUUCUGAUGUGGGAAAUCACAUUCUAUUACAGCCAUCGGUGGCUUCAUUCCGGAUUUUGGUACAAGCAUAUUCACAAGAAGCACCACGAGUGGCCAGCUCCGAUCGCCUGGGCUGCCAUGUACGCACAUCCGCUCGAGUUUGUCGUCAGCGAUCUGCUGCCGGUGUACGUCGGCCCGGCCCUCAUGGUCAGCCACCCGGUGACGGUGGCCAUCUGGUUUGUGUUCGUCAUGAUGGACACCCUGGUUGAUCAUUCCGGUUAUCACCUGCCGGUGCUGGGCAGCUCGGAACAGCAUGACUACCAUCAUUUAAAAUUCAACCAAUGCUAUGGACUCUUCGGCUGGUGGGACACCCUGCACGGAACGAACGAUGAGUUCCGCAAGAAGAAGCAGUACCUGCGCAACAAGAGAAUCUUCUCGCUGAAAUCCGCCCGUGAGCUAUUUCCAGACGAGUAAGCAUGAUCUCUGCAACGAUCAUACCGAAGGGCACAACGUACAACUCUAACGAUGAUGAAUGAUAGUCACUUUUUUGGUGAACUUGGUAAUGAAUAUUGCUCAAACCUAGAUAUGUCCUGUACUACAGUGGGUGACGAUGCGAAGCGGCAAUGAGCGUACCAGAAAUGCAGUGAGGAAUCUAAUUUAUAUGUUAGUUACCUACUAGUCUAAGCAUAAGUCAAGUAUUUUUACCACAUAGUGGUAUGUUAAAAUUUCCUUGCAAAUCCGAAAGUAUCGAGCAGGCUUGCGUACGGGCAAUAUAAUGUUUAAGAAUAAAUUAACCCAAUGGGACAAUGGUCAUAAUUAGCUUAUACUGAUUUCUUACAUAAUGAGCAUGUUCUUUAGACUGUUUAUAAAAAAACGACAAAAAAAUGCUUUCUGGAAACUAGCUGCAGCAGAAAACAUAUUAAAAGAUACUCUGAAUAAAAAUGGUCACAUUAAAAA